AUGCCGCUGGGUGACGACCUCGACAUCCCGGCUUCUGAGGAGGAGGCCAUGCGGCGCAACAUUGAGAAGGAGCUGGAUAGGUACCUGCAGGCGCCCAGCCGUGUCCCGAGCUCAUCGUUCCUGUCCCCCUACGCCUCACGCGGCAUGCGCCCCGUAAGCAGUACGCUGCGCUCCUCGGCGCACCGACCCGACUAUGCAUGGCCGCUUGAGUCGAGCGAGGGGUCAGACGACGAGGAUGCAGCAGGCCUACUGCGCUCGCCUGGCAACCACCGCGCUCUGCUGGCCACGCCGAAGCGCCGCACGCCGCGCCCGGCCAAGUUGCAUGCGCGCCCCUCGUUGCGUGAGUCCCUGCACUCGCGCCUCAACAUCUCGCACAUGGCUGGUCUCGGAGAGUCGAGUGCUGAUAUGACUGCGCGCCCAGCGAGUCCCCGCGCAUCACUGCCGGGUGUGUAUGCGCGCAUACCAAGUCCGCUGCAGCGCCGCUCGCCCUCCCUCGGCAGCCGCCACUCGAGUGCAGAGACCAUGGUCAACAGCGACGAUAAUGACGCGCUCUUCAAGGCACAGCGCACGCGCGCAACCUACGCGGAGCCACCCAGUGCGCUGCCUGAAAACUUGCAGUGGGCCCAUACCCAACUCCAUGCCCUUUCAGCCUGUAUCCAGUCGAUGGAGAAAGACAUGGAGCGCAUGCGUACGUCUACACAGCCCAUGGAUGGUGUACACUCGCGUCUGGAUGCCCUCGAGAGCCAGGUCGCUGACCAGGGCCGGCAGCUCGCGCGUCUGCAGCGGCAACUUCGUGACUCGGAUGGGCCCGCUGAGCGUCCGCGCGCACCGACGCCUACAGCACGUUCGAGCCCACCAACCGACACGCAGCGCCCUGCCGCCCAGAGCGACACGCCGUGGGCCGCUCACCUCCGGCGCCUGCACGACGAGCUCGCGCGCCUUUCGCACGCUGUCGAGUCGCUGCACGCUGCGAGCGUAGCGCCCCGCGAAGAGACUCUCGACGACUCUGUGGCUUCAGACACGACGCAGGAGCGCUACGAACAAAUUUGCCGCGUAGUGGCCGAUGCGCUGGGUAUGGCGCCCAAGGCGCACGGGUCGCGCAAGGCCAAGAUCCAUGCGAGUCUGCGCCAGCGAGAAGCAGAUGAUGCGGCGCGUGAGGCGCUCCUCCGCCGCCUGAGCCAGACACCUGCACCGGCAUCGCUGACAAACGCUGAAGUGCGCAUGCUCGAGCGCCUGUUCGAGCAGCACCGUGCCGAGUUCCUCCACCAAAAGACGCUGUACUGUGAGCUGGCUGAUGAGCUGAAGGACAUGGAGCCGACGAUGAGUAAGACCCAACGGCGUAUUCUUGCCAGCCAUGUGCAUGAAUCGAUCGAUGCGCUGGAGGCCGAAGCGACGAGGGUCAACGAGCUGCACACGCACCUCGCGCACUACAGCCGCUCUACUUUGUAG